AUGCAAGGGGAUGGCUGCUGGGCGGCCGUCCCCUGUCUCCCUGACGGCUGGGCCUGGGCGUGCUGGUGGGGGCCAGCCAGGCUCGUCACGGCGCCGGUGGCCCCCGCCCCAGGGGUCCGGCUCGGGGGGGCCAGCGGCGGGGCCCGGGCAGGCGCGGCACCCGCUGCGCCCGCAGAGGCGGCGGCGGCCGCAGUUGGCGGAGCGUGCGGUGCGGCCGGCGCCGCCGCCGGCUGCGCCAGCGGCGCCGUGGCGGCAGCGGCCAGCGGCGCCCCCGGCGCGGAGGAGCCCGGCGCGGGGCUCGGCGCGGGCAUCGGGCCGCCGCGGGGGCCGCUCCGAGGAGCCGACGUCGGGGCGGCGACGCCGCCGGCGCCAGCGCAGCCCGAGCCCUGGACCAGAUCCCUCCGCCAGGGCUCCCCUGGCGGCGAGGCGUGGCAGCAGCCGCGGCGGUACGCCCCGCGACAGCGGCGCCAGGGCGCCGGCGCGUGGCAAGGGAUCGGCGGGCUGGGGCAAUGGGCGGCGUUCGCGGAGUCGGACGCGUCGCGGCCAGGGCCCUGCUCCCGCGGCGACGUCCAAGGCAGCAGCCCCGCGCCAGCCUCCAAGGGGCAGCCGCCAGCGCCGGGCCGCGGCAGCUGUCCGCCCAGCAGCGAGGAGGACAGCAGCGACAGCAGCAGCGGCUACAGCGACAGCGGCGCCAGCGGCAGCGCCCCCGGCUGCUUCGGCAGCGACGGUUCCGGCUGCUCUGGCAGCGACGGCACCGGCUGCUCAGACAGCGACGGCUCCGCCCUCAGCGCCAGCGGCCGCGUCAGCUCCGGCAGCGACGGUGCGCCCGGCUGCGGAGCCGAGGGCGACGGCCCCUCCGGAGUCAUCGACAUCGGCCGAUGCCAGCUACGACGCGCUGGGGCUCUGGCGUGGCGCGCCAGGGCGGCGCGGCCUCCGGCCCUCCACGAGGGCGACGGUUCUGAGGCGGCCAGCCCGCCUAGCGUUGGCACCAGCGCCGCCGCGGCGGGCGCGCUGGUCCCGGCCCCCCCCACGCGGGCGGAGGGCGACGGUGUGGAGCGCGACGGAAUCUCCAGGGAGGAUUUCGUGCAGGAGCUGCGGGAUGGCCUGGCCAGCUCGGGGUGGGCGGCAGCGCGCGCGCUGGCGCCGGCGCUUCGCGUCGCCAUUCGCGGUUUGGGCUUCCGCGAGGCGUGUGCCCGGCUCGAGGAGGCCGCCUCGGCGAUCCCGGAUGCGCUGGGCCGCCGGCGGGUCGUCGAGCGGGUGCUGGAGGCGGCCGAGCGGCCAAGGCGCGCGCGUCGCUCGCCGCCAGGCCGGCGCCGUCGCGGCGGAAGCGGCCCCCCUGCUCAUGGGGCGGCGGGGGUUGACGCCACGCGGCGGCUGUGCAAGCUCCCGGCCGCGGAGCUGGCGCGGGAGCUCCGGGCGGGGGCCGAGGCGUUCCGGGCCUUCCCAGAGCUGGCGGCGGAGGCGGCGCAGCUGGCGGCGGCUGCGGAGGGCGACCCCGCCGUGGACGGGCCCGCGGCGGCGCUGGGCCCCGCCGAGCCCAGCCAGGAGGCCGGCGGCGCCCGCGGCGCAGACCCCGCCGAGCUCAACCUGGAGAGCGGCGGCCUGCGCGGCGCCGAGUUCGCCUCCUCGUUCGACGACCUGCCAGACCCCGCCGAGCUCAACCUGGAGAGCGGCGGCGUGCGCGGCGCCGAGUUCGCCUCCUCGUUCGACGACCUGCCAGACGGGGACGAUUUGCCGGGCGUGCCCCCCCUGCUCGUGCACGUGCGAGCCGCGCAUCACCUGCCCGGGCGGCCACAGCUCGGAGAACACGGCACCCUCCCCCUGGCGGCGGUGUCGGCCGCUGCCGGCGCCUGCAGCGUCCUGCUGGCGCUGCGCAACAGCGGCGCGGGCGAGCCGCCGGCUGCUGGCCCGCCGGCCACGUCGGGCCCGUUCGUGGCUCCGCCCGCUCCCCUGGAGGACAUCGGAGCUCAGCAGGCGCGCGAGAUCCGCGCUCGCCGCUUGGGGAUCUCGCCGGGCGACUUUAUCCUGGAGCGCUACGACAUCGCGGGGCCGGAGGUCUGGCACGAGCGCAUGGUGCUGAUCGCCUCGCCGUAUCGGACCGACCUCACGAUCCUGACCCCCGACGGCGACUGCUACGAGGAGCAGCUGUUCGCGGCAGGGACCCCUGGCGCCGACAUCGCGGCUUGGCUGCCGAGCGUCGGCGGUGCGAUGGGGGCCGGCAACCCAGCGACGGGAGCAGCCCACAUCCACCGUUUCCGCGCCGUGCCGGCGCCCGCCACCUGCGACGCCCUGCGCACGGCGACCGAGGGCCGCCUCGGGUUCCCGCCGGGGCCGCGGGCGGUGCCCAACCUCGCCGGCCGCGCCGGCGUGGGGGCUCCCGGCGUGGGCGCGGGCGCCGCUGGCGCGGGCGCGCCCGCCGCGGGCGCGGCCGUGGUGGCGCCCGCUGCGGCUCCGCCGGCCGCUGCACCCGGGGCGGCUCUGGGCGCCGGGCUUGCCGCCGGGGCGGCGGCGGGCGUCGCGCCUGCCGCGGGCGGCGUGCUGGUGGCACCACCACUGGUCCCAGCGGCGGCUGCGGCGGCUCCGGCGCCUGCGGCACCGAUCGCUGCCGCUGCCCCCGCAGCGCCCGCGGCGGGCGUCGGCGCGGCCCCGCCCGUGCCGCCGAUGCUGGCAGCAGCGGCAGCCGCGGGCCUGGGGGCUGGAGGGGCUCCCCCACCGGCCGCCCUCGCGGCGGUGCCGGGAGCUGGGGCCGCCGCGGCCGUCGCGCCGGCCGCGCCAGCCGCCCCCACCGACGUGCGCAUCCUCUCGGUGAGCUACGACAUGCUCGGGCAGCGACAUCGGGCCUUUCGGGGGGCGGUGCUGGCCAUGGUCGAGCACGCGUGGCCAGAUUGGCCCGUGAAGGGCCCGCGUGCGCGCCGGUGGGUCCUCCGUUUUAUGGAGACCAACGGCGGGGCACCCCUCGGGCGCCGCGCCCGAUGGCGCACUGAGGCCCGACUGCACGCCUUGGAGUUCGGCGUCGCCGAGCACGAGCGCGCGUGCAGGCUGCUCGAGUUCAUGACGAUCUACGACCAGCUGAACGUGGUGGACCUCGCGUCGGGCGAGCUGCUGGCCCACAUCGUGCAGCUCCACGAGGAGCGGUGCCGCGAGCGGCUCGCCCCGGAGACGAAGGGCGACAACCUUGACACGCACUUGAUCUUGGGCUGCGACCUGGUCCGCGGCAACAUCUGCGUCUCGCCGCAGUUGGCGGAGCACCUGAAGGAGGAGCUCACGAAGGAGUGGGCUGAGCGCGCGCUGGCUACCAAGGGGAAGAAGGUCAACAAGAAGGGCCAUCAAUACGAUGACGGUUUUGUGGCAGCUCGCAGUCGGGCGGUCGCCAGCGUGACCUGCUCCCGCUGCCGGCUCUUCCAGUUGCACCCGCGGGGCCUCGACGCGGCCGGUCUCGGAAAGCCCUUCGCCGGCGCCAUGGCGCCGGCGAAGGGCGUCAGCGGCGCAUGA